AUGGGAGACAGGCGGAUCAUUCCCUCUUCGAUCAACGAACCCUCGGCAGGCGGCGGAGGUUAUCAGCAGCAGCAGCAACCGAUCGCCAUGGCAGAGCAUAUGCCAGACAUGGCUGUCACGACCGUAUACGAAAACCAAUUUUUGGACGAUGAUUUUCCGUUGAAAGGUGGCGUGGAACAGCAAUCAGACGUCUCGGCCAUCCGGAAACAACAACAGGUCACCAGGACGUCGUUCAGGCGGUCGCAAAAUGGCGAGGGCGUGCUAUCGCAACCCAACAGCGUUCUGGACGACGACAACAAGACGGUUUUCGGCGAAAUGGGCAAACCCGUGGUGUUGCCCGGCAAUCUGGCGACCGAAAUCAAAAAAAUCGUCGACGAGGGCUGGAAGAACAACGCGUUUAAUCAAUAUGCCAGUGAUCUAAUAUCGGUGCACAGGUCGUUGCCCGAUCCCAGGGAUGAAUGGUGUAAAAAACCAGGCAGAUAUUUGGUCAAUCUACCCCAGACGUCCGUGAUUGUGUGCUUUCACAACGAAGCGUGGUCCGUGCUGUUGCGAACUAUUCAUUCCAUUCUGGACCGGUCGCCGGAACACCUCAUCCGGGAAAUUAUUCUGGUUGACGACUUUUCCAAUAUGCCUCAUCUCAAAACUGGGCUCGAGGAAUACGUGUUGAACUACCCGAAAGUGAAACUCAUCCGGGCCAAAAAGAGAGAAGGUCUGAUACGAGCCAGACUGUUGGGAUCGCGGUAUGCAUCGGCUUCCGUCCUCACGUAUCUGGACUCUCAUUGCGAGUGCACCGAAGGGUGGCUUGAGCCGUUGUUAGAUAGGAUAGCCCGAGAAGCGUCGACCGUCGUGUGUCCGGUUAUUGAUGUGAUAGACGACUCGUCACUGGAAUUCCACUACAACGACGCUGGUGGCUUGAACGUUGGUGGAUUCGAUUGGGACUUGCAAUUUAAUUGGCACAUGGUACCCGAACGGGAGGAAAACCGUCAUAAAAAUCAGGCAGAACCGGUGUGGUCGCCAACGAUGGCCGGCGGAUUGUUCGCUAUUGACAAAAAGUUCUUCGAACGGCUCGGCACUUACGACAGUGGUUUCGACAUUUGGGGAGGCGAAAAUCUAGAACUUUCAUUUAAGACUUGGAUGUGUGGUGGAACUUUGGAGAUAGUACCAUGUUCGCACGUCGGGCACAUAUUCAGAAAGCGGUCACCGUACAAGUGGCGGUCGGGUGUCAACGUCCUCAAAAAAAACUCCAUCCGUCUCGCCGAAGUCUGGAUGGACGAUUUCUCCAAGUACUAUUACGAACGGAUCGGCAACGAUCUGGGUGAUUUCGGUGAUAUUACGUCUCGUAAAGAACUACGAAGAAAGUUGAAAUGCAAAUCAUUCAAAUGGUAUUUGGAAAACAUAUAUCCGGAACUUUUCAUACCUAGUAAUGCCGUGGCAUCCGGAGAAGUACGCAAUUUAGGAUAUGGCAACAAAAUUUGUCUGGACUCACCGACCAGAAGUAGCGAUCUCAACAAACCGGCCGGACUAUAUCCCUGUCACAAAAUGGGUGGUAAUCAGUAUUGGAUGCUUAGUAAAAUGGGAGAAAUCAGAAGGGACGACGUGUGCUUGGACUACGCUGGCAGCGACGUUAUCUUAUACCCGUGCCACGGAUCUAAGGGUAACCAGUAUUGGAGCUACAAUCCUCACACGAAACAAUUGAUACAAAUUAGCAGUAAAAAAUGUCUCGCCAUCAAUGGCUCUAGAGAGAAACUGCUCAUGGAAGAAUGCGACGUGAUGCUGUCCAGGCAGAUGUGGCAGUUCGAAAACUUCAACGCUACUUUGUCCAUCGAAGAUAGUCGCAUAAUGAAUUGA